AUGUUAUUGUAAGUAUAUUUAAAAUUUGACUUAUCAUUUUUAUAAAUAGCUUAAGAAUGCUAAUGGCCUUAAAAACACUAAAAAGUGCAUGCAAAUAUGCCCAAUAAAUAUUAAAAUGUCUUUACAAAAAACUAUGACAUUGACAAAUUUCAUUAAUAAUUAAAAAUAUACUCUUAAUGUACAAUUUUUUAUUUUACUCAAAAAAUCUGGCAAAAUAUAAAAUAGUGCUCACUGCAGUUUACUUGUGGCACACCAUACACUGACUAAAGAUUUUGUAGUCACUAUGUCCAAUUGACAUCACUAUUCAAUCACAAUUAUUAGUCUUAAAACUGAUUAAUAAUAAUUUAUAUAGUUAAGUGUGAAGUGAAGAUUAUUAUAUUUGAAACCAACAAUGCUUACUUAUGAGUUUGUCUAAUAUAUAAAUAUCAGUAUAUUUAUUAAGUUUUGUCAUCAAAAUAAGCAUUUAUUCAUAUAUAUUUUUAAAUAUGCUAAAUAAAAUUGUAUGUAUUUGAUUCUGUUAUACAAAACAAAUGCUUGGUCUGCUAUGUGCCCAGUUAAAAGAAAAAAUAUGGAAGUCAUAAACAUUGUAACCUUAGUUAUAAGUGUUAGACAAAUCAUCAGUUAAUCUAAUACUUUAUUUAAUUAGUUAUAAUACUAAUUAUAUACCUUCAUAACAAAAUGGUAACAUUUAUUUGUAUUCAUUUUAGAUAUCAUGAGUUAUUGUUUCUAGUAAAAUAUACAUGUUCAAAUGUCCAACUCCAUACCUAACUUAUCCUAACCCAUACAAUUAAUUAGUGACAAGCAAAAAAUAUUUAUUAAUUAUUAUUAUAGGAAACAUUAUUUCAGAGUUUAUUUUAGUUUAACCUCCAAUUACUCAUAAUUAAUUAAUUUAUUUUCAUUGUUUGUAGUUUUUUUCAUUUUGUUAUGUCUGACUUGGCUGUAACAUAUUAUGUAGCAAUAUAAGUGGUAAUUUUAUUAAACAGAUUUCAUCUGAUAUUCUUUAUUGAUUUUUGGAAAAUUAAACUGUGUUGUUUAUAAUCUUUGUAAGAAGUUGUUUAACUUAGGUCACCCUAAACAAUUUUUAAAAGAUCACAGCAUACCUAGAACAUGUUCAUAAUAUACCAUAAUAUAUGUAAUUUUGGGUUGUUUUUUUUUGCCUCUCGCCCCCAUUGAGAAAUAUUGAUUAUGUGUCUACUAUUCCAUAAUCUAGAAGUACAUCUUAUUAAUUUGAAGUAAAUUUUUAACCAUAAAAUUGAGUACUUAGGUUUAGAUCAUCAGUUAAAAUCAUUUAUACUUAUAAUUAUUAUUUUUUUUUUCAGAAUGGAACCAUCUAGUGAUGUAAGUGUUGAAAGUAUUGAUGAGAAUAUUCAAAAGUCAACCUUAAAUCGAGUAAGAAAACGAAAAAAACAACUAUAUGCAGAUUUAAAAAAACAAAUGGAAUUUUAUUUGAGUGAUGCCAAUUUAAGAAAAGAUAGAUUUUUUGGACACCUUAUGCAAACAACUAAUUGUAAGUUACCUUUUAAUAAAACAAUUAAAAUAUAUGGUUAAUAGUUUUACUUUGAAUCUAAUAGUUACCUUAACAAUUAAUCUUAUAUAGAUACUUUUUAUUUAAAAUUUGACAAUAAAAGUAUUUUUUUUUUAUUUGAACUUUGUAAAAAAACAAUUAGUUACAACAGCUAUGAUUAAAAUAACAGAAAGAUAAAGCAACGUAAAAAUAGAAAAUAUAUAUGUCAUUAAUAUGCGCUUAAAUAUUGUAAAUUUGAUUACAAAAUAAUCAUAAUGAAUUGUGAAACGAUUUGGUGAAAUAAAUGUUUUUGGUUUUUUGUUAAUUUUGAUUUGGUGACAGUGAAGUUUAAAAAUUUAUUUUUGAGGGUCUAGGUGAGCGUAGAGAGACUGGGCCCACUUUUUGAAUGAUUUUUUUGUUCAUAAUUCUGUUAUUAAUAAGGGAAAUAUUUAACAAUCGUAAUGAAUAAUAAAAAUAAUAAAAUUUAAUGAGCGUGCACAGAGAUAAUGAAGCGAAACCAUACAAUGCUACGUGCGUGUGUUCAUAUUGAAUGUAACAAUUGAACUGAAACAAGUAUAAUUUAUAAUUAAUUUUUGUUGAAGUUGCAAUUGGGUCAUAUUUAUUUUUAUCCCAUAUAAGUGGGGUCAGCUAUUCUUAUUUUCUCCAGCCACAUUUUAUAAACUUAUAUCUUCUUUCAUAACCUUGCAGUCAAUUUUUAUUUGGCCUUAUCUUGUUGCCUGUGACUUUCUAUCUUAACUAUCAUUUUUAAUUUUCUCAAUGUUUCUCUUCUAUUGAAAUUUAUUCUCUCUUAUAUUUCAUUCUACUUUUAGACUAUCUUUUUUAGUCAUUAUUUAUCCUAUCCAACCUGGUCAAAUAGCACAUCCACUUAAACUUUUAAUUAUAAAUAAUAACUAAAAUUAUACUUACAGGUAUAGGUGUUGAUACAUUUUUAAACUGUAAUAAAAUAAAGAAUUUAACUACAAAUCCUGAAGAUAUAGUUAAAGCUAUAGAAAGCUCUAAUAUCCUAGGUGUGAGUGAUUGUAAAACUAAAGUAUAUAGAAUACAACCUAUUGAAGACAAACAACCAGAAGAUAUUGAGCGCUGUACAGUAUAUGUAGUGAGUUUUAUUUGAAAUAUGAAUAAAUGUAUCAUGUUAUAAGUUUUGUAUUAAAUUAAAUGUUUUUUAUAGGAACAAUUACCUCUUAAAGCUGAUCAUGAUUGGGUUAAAUCAAUGUUCGAAAAAUAUGGAAAUGUUGCAUAUAUUUCAUUGCCAAAAUUUAAAAGUGGUACUAUUAAAAGAUUUGCAUUUGUUGAAUUUGAAGAUGAAGAGUCUGCCAAAAAAGUUGUUGAAGUAAAAUUUAUUAACUAUGUAUAUACAGUCAUAAAAAUAUAUGAUAUUUAUGUUAGUAGUUCUACAUGAGUGUAGAUGUAAAUUUAUUUAUGAUAAAAUCUAAUUAACAUGUAUCAGAGCCGAAGUUAGUAACUAUUAUAUCUGGGGUGAAGCCAUUGACAUAAAACUUUUUUUGCAAUUGGGUCUUAAAAAGCCAUUUUUCAUAAAAUUCACAUAGGAAAUUAUAGUUUCUAUUAUUCUUUGACUUUGGCCUAUGUUCUACUUAAAACAAUUAAAAUUUAUCAUUAACCCUGCAUCAAUUGCGCAUUCUACUAUUGUAGUAUAGUGAUAAUCAAUUUAAUUUUUGAUGAUUUUGGAAUUAUCUAACCACAAUAAUAAUAUUAAUACCUUUUAACGACAUUAUAUUAAUAAUAACUGUUAUGAUUUCAGAAUUUAUCUUUCAUUGUAGAUUACACGACAAUUCAUUGUUUUACAUAUGUAGACAUUAAGUUACUCGAGUGAUAUUGAACAACGUGACUGAUAAGUUAAUGGCCAUGUUACUAGAUCUUCAAAAUUAAAGUCUUCAAAUAUUUCAAUUUCAUGUGAUUUAAUAUUUUAGAUGUUGAGAUAUUAUGAUGACUUAGGUUGCAAUUCUGUUUCAAAUUCUAUAGUUUAGAAAUUAACUCUUAUUCCUAAUAAGUAUUAUCAAAUUCUUUACAUGACAUUUAUUUGUUAUAAUCUUCUAUUUAAUUUAAACAUCAAUGUAGAUUUUAUACGAGCUCAAUUGACACUCACUGACAGUUAUUUUGAAAAGAAUGGUUUAUUUGUUAUUUCUAUUAAAUUAGUUAAGUUAUUGAAAUCAAAGAACUACUGUUUGAUAACCACAAUUUCAUAUAUUAUAAUAAAGUUAGUAUACAGUUAGUUUUAAAUUUUUUUUUUCCGCACAUUUAUAGAUUCUGACUCCCGAGCAGAGCAAGGAAUAAAUAUAUUGUUUUACAAUGAUGUUUAUUUUAUUUAUUUUUCUAUAAACUACUUUUAUACCAGAAAUCUUGCUCUGAUAUUUAAGUGUACCACUUUUUCUGAAAGGAAAUUUUAUCUGGGUAGUAUUUUAAGACUUACCAUUUUUUGAUUUUUUAUUGUUUUCAUAAUUGGGCAAAAGCAUAGGAAAAACCAGAAAAUGUUAUGAAAUUAUUAUUUUCAAUUUUGUUUUAUCAAGUCAAGUUUUUAUGAUACUUCAAAUUUUUUAAUUUUGAAUGUUUUUUUAAUCAGUUGGUACUCUAUGGGUACAAUUUUUUGUUCAAACAGAAAUGAUUUAUAAUUUAACAGAAUUUUCAUUAUAAGUCAUGCUUUGUGUUAAAAAAAAAUUCAGUUUUGUAGAAUUUUAGUGCCAAAUUUUGAAGAUAGUCAUAAAUAUUAAAGCCUUUCAAAAUAUGUAUAACAAAACUCCUCAGAAUCGUUUUCCCUUGGAAAUUAAAUUAACUAAUUAAACGUUGCGCACAUUUAUUACAAAUUCCAUAAUUUAGGUCAUUUCAUUUCGCAUAUUAAUGUAUAUUUAGAGCAUUCAAGUGUAAAUUUGUUAAAUUUGUAUAGUUAAAAUUCUUUUGACCUACUCAUUACAGACAUAGAACUAACUUUUAAGCUCAAAAUGAAAUGACAACUAUGAAGAAGUUUUGUGUGAAAUAAUAAUGAUAAAUAAUAUAAUAGCCAUUAGCUAAUACAGUAAAACUUCGAUAAAUAGUUGUCUCUGUUAAACUAUCAUUUUUUUAUUUUGGUACUGUCAAGUGUUAUCUCUCUAGGAAAUCUCUAAAUAGUGGUCAUUAAUUUUCGAUCCCUUUGGUGACUGUUUUGUGGAAGUUUUACUGUAUAAUAUUACUGUUUGCUAACGAUGAUUCUGGUAUCUCUACUGUGGAUAAAAUGACCCAUAGUCUGAAAUUGUUUAAAUAAUAAAGUAAUGAUAUGCAUACAUGCACAUUCAAAAUUGUCAUUUUAAUGGUUUAUAAAUAACAUUUUGUUUUUGUAAUAUGUGCCAUUGGUUAAUUACGUCCGGGUACUUCAUACCCCCCUCUUUACUACAGCUCUGACGGACAUAUACUUGUUACUGAUUAAAUAUAAUAUUUUGAUGGACAUAGAUAGAUCUAUUAGACUACAACUAUAAUACUAACUAAUAUUAAAUGAAACAUUUUUUUAGGAACAUAAAAAACAACAUGAGGAACCCAAAAUUCUUCCAGAAGAUCUUCAAAGUAUAAUUACAUUUAAUGAAGAUGAAAAUAAAAAAGACACGGGCAUCAUUAAUUUAGAAAGAAAAAGAAAACAUUCUAUAAACAAUGAUAGUGUGAAAGACAAAAAAAUGAAAAAAGAAGUACCUAAAGUAAGCGCUCUUGGAAAUAAAAAUAAUAAGAAAAAAAAGAAAAAAGAUAAAAAUAAAAAGAACAAUAUGGAAAAUGAACAAAAAGAAUCUUCUUUUGAAAUAAGUGACAAUGAAAAUAAUCAAAAAGCUUUGUUAAAUGAACAACUUGAUUCUAGUAUUGAAAAAUCAGAUGAAAUAAUGCCAAGUGAUGAUGACAAAAAGAAAUGUAAUGAGUCAAAUGAUGUUGAUAGUUUGAUAAAAAAAAAAAAAAGAAAACGUAAUAAAGGAAAAAAAGGAAAAUCCAAUAUUAAUACCACUAUUACACCCAGUUUGAGAAUAAUGUCUAAGUAAAUAAUUUAAACAAAUGUAGGUACAUAUUUCAAUAUUUUUUUUUUUUUUUUUUUUAGAACAGAAUGGAGAAAACUAAGAAAUCAGUUUUUAAAUAUGCAGCGACAAAAAAUGUCUUUAUUAAAAGCUCAAUUGCAGCAUCCUAAAUAUACUGAGAAUCAUAAUACUAAUUUUCAUAAAAAUACUGAAGACAAUUUUGAUAAAAAUAUUAAUAGUGUUAACUUGCAGUCGGAAGUUGUAAAGUCUAAAGACAUUCGUGUCAAAUAUGAACCUGGUGUUAUAUUGAAAAUUACAUUUUCAAAUCCGAUUGAAUCUGAUAAAAUAUUUAAAGUACCUACUAUUCCUUCAAAUUAUUUGAAAUGCUCACUAUAUUGGGUUUAUAUAUAUAUAUUUUUGUUUAAGGCUGAAGCAAAAACUGACUCUAAUGUAAAAUUUGUUGAUGUUGUAAAUAACUGUGAAGCUUAUAUACGAUGUGACUGUCAAGAAUCUGCACAAAAAAUAGCAGAAGAAAAUAGAUGGCCUCAAACUACUCUGUUAAAAGGUAUGCAUAUUAUGUUUUUUUAAUAUUUAUAUUGUUUAAAUGGUACAUGAUAUUUAUUAUUUAAUAUUAUAUGAUAGGUGAAGAAGAAAAGCUUUAUUGGGAAAAAAUUUUACGUGAUAGAGAAAUUAAGUUCACAAUUCAAAAAAAUACGAAAAAACCACGUGGACGUUUGAAGUUAAUUAACAAAGCAGAAAAAAGAUUAGCUCAACAUGUUACAUUUACAGAAGAAAAUGAUUAA